AUGCGUGUCUCCAGCAUUCUUCCUAUUGUUCUGGCCGCUGCGCCCGCAGUGGUCUCUGCCCGUGGUACCUUGGGCUUUUCGCUGGGCGACAAGCUUCCCAAUGGGGACUGCAAGACCACCAAGGACUACGAGCUUGACUUUGACAACCUGAAGGACCUUUCCACCCUUGUGCGCACUUACUCCGGCAGCGAGUGUAAAACCCCCGAGAACAUUAUUCCCGCGGCCAAGAACAAGGGCUUCAAGGUUGUGUUGGGUAUCUGGGUCGGACCUCAGAAAAAGGAUGACAUGAGCACCAACGAUGCCUCCUUCCAGAAGGACUUUGCCGCUCUCAAGAAGACUGUCCCUGGUAACGAGGACGUGAUUGAGGCCAUCACCGUCGGUUCCGAGACGCUCUACCGUGGCGACCUGACUGGUCCCCAACUGCACAAGUACAUCUCGACCGUUGCGAAAGAAUUCCCCAAGGUGACUGUCGGUACCGCCGACAGCUGGAACAAAUUCGCCGACGGUACUGCCGAUGACCUGUUCACUACCAGCCCCGUGGUCACCUACGUUCUGGCCAACGCCUUUGCCUACUGGCAAGGCACUGUGGCCGACAAGGCCUACCAGACCUACUUUGACGACAUGUCCGGUGCCAUGUCCCACAUCCAGAAGAUCGCUGGUUCCAAUGCGGACAAGAUCCGUGUGAUUACCGGCGAGACUGGCUGGCCCACUGACGGUGGUUCAGACUAUGAGAACGCUCUGGCCGGAACCAAGAAUGCCGAGACCUACUGGAAGACCGGUGUCUGCGGCAUGCUCGACUGGGGUGUCGAUCUGUUCUACUUUGAGGCCUACGACGAGGCCUGGAAGCCCACUAGCAUUGGUGACAACGGCAAGGCCAUGAACGAGAACCACUGGGGUCUGUUCACCGCCGACCGCAAGCUCAAGUUCGACACCACCUGCCCCAAAUAG